AACGGAAAUGGUAAAAUCUUGUUGUGUUUACAAGUGUCGAAACGUGUGUAAUGGAGAAUCACGGUCGAAGGGUGUCAGUUUCUUUCGGUUUCCCAAGAACAAAAGAAAAAGAAGAGCCUGGAUAAAAGCUGUUAAUAGGGAUAAAUGGACGCCAAACGAGCAUACCUGGAUCUGCUCGCAACAUUUUGUUGAUGGGUGGCACGGAGAUGAACCGAGCGAUGACAAUUAUGCCCCAACAAUAUUUGCCUAUAAACAGAAACGAUCGGAAGAAGAUUUUAACAGGGAACAGAGACGACUUGAUCGAGAAACAACCAAGGAAAAACUUUGUUCAGAGAGGAUAAACAGGGAGAGAGAAAGUGCUAAUUUAGAGUUUUCUCUGCUUGCACAUGGCUCCUACUGUAGAUCAACAGAUGAGUCAGGUGAUCACAGUACAGAGGGAAAUGCUUUAACCAGACUGAGUGAUCAUGAUGAAAAUGGACCAACAGAUGAUGUUGACAUUAAGCUGACAUGUGAUGCAGGUGUACAAUGUGAAGAAGACCCCCUCCUGAAAGAAAACAGAAACCUUAAAGAGGAAGUAAGAAGACUUCGAGAGGACCUACGUAAACACAAAUGGUCUGCUGAGCGCAUUAAAGAUGAUGAUGGCAUGACACGUUUUUACACAGGGCUACCUUCUUUUACAAUCUUCCUGUGGCUGUACAAUUACCUUUCCAGUAAAUGUUCAAGGAUGACAUAUUGGAGGGGGGAAGGACAGACAUCAACUACAGACAGAGUGAGAAUGUCAUCAUCUUGCUUACAUCCAAUUGAUCAAUUAUUUGCUGUCCUCAUGAGGUUGAAAGUUGGACUCUAUGUGCAGGAUAUAUCAGAGAGAUUCCAGAUCAGCAGUGCUUCAUUUUCAAUGUAUUUUACAACCUGGAUCAGUUUAAUUCAUGCCGAGCUCAAGUUUCUAAACCCAUUUCCAAGCAGAGAUAUUAUCAACAGAACUAUGCCGGAAUCCUUUAAAUCUAAGUAUCCAUCAACCAGAGUGAUUAUUGAUUGUACAGAACUUUUCAUUCAAUCAUCAAGUAGCCUAAUAAAUCAAAGCCUAACAUUUUCUAACUACAAGCAUCAUACUACUGUUAAAUUUCUAGUCGGUAUUAGUCCAUCUGGAGUAAUUACUUUUGUUUCUGAUGCAUGGCCAGGAAAAACUUCAGACCGUCAGCUAACUGAGGAAUGUGGCCUACUUCAGUUACUUGAGCCUAGUGACAGUGUAAUGGCAGACAAAGGCUUCACCAUAGCUGACUUACUUGAAAAAAGACAAUGUUCCUUAAACAUUCCACCAUUCCGAGGCACUUCUAACCAGUUUUCAACAGAUGAAGUCUUCAAGACCCAGGAGAUUGCCCAACUUCGGAUUCAUGUUGAAAGGAGCAUUGGGCGUGUGAAGAACUUUCAUGUCUUAGAAGGAGUGAUCCCCCUUACAAUGGUCCACUUCAUCACGAAGAUUUUCCAAGUCUGCUGUUGGCUGACCAAUCUAGAUUAUCCGCUUGUUGAUGGGAAAAAGAUUUCCACUGAUGAAUCAUAACUCUCUAAGUACAAUGGGUGCACAGAUGUCUCAACUUCCACUUCAACUUCCACAGAACUAGGUACAUUGGAGUCUGGAAUAUUCCAGAGAUGAGCCAUACCUAGACAACAAAGAUUUUAUUAUUGAAUCACUGCAUAAAAUGCUAAAUACUUUAC